AUGUCAUCGUAUACUCCAAUUGAGUCAGAUGCGCCUGCGUAUACUGAAAACAAUACCCAGUCUGCUCCUAAUACCGCAAACAAUAACUCAAGUCAAACAGCACAACCCUUGUCCACCAAUCCAAAUGAUUGGUCGUGGUAUAGGAAGCUCCAAGAGUCCUCGCAUCCAUUAGCAUUGUUUUUCUUCAUAUUUUUCAGACUUUCUCCCAUCUUCAUGUAUAUAUUUGGUACAUUGGUGAUUGGUAUCUUUACAUCGGAUGGGAAAUUCAUCCUACACUUCAUCUCCAUCGUGCUACUUGUCUCAGCAGAUUUCUGGAAUCUCAAAAACAUAGCUGGUAGACUUUUGGUGGGGUUAAGAUGGUGGAAUGAGACAAACUUGGUAGAAGGUUCCACCUCUGGCGAAGUAGAGAAUGUAUGGGUGUUUGAGACUUCCAACCCAGAUCGCUACAUAAAUCCGAUCGACUCCAAAGUCUUUUGGUUAUUGUUAUACGUGCAACCAGUGAGCUGGUGUGUGUUGGGUAUAUUCGCCGUAUUGAAAUUCCAAUUUUUGUACUUACUAUUAAUUGUGAUUGCAACUUCGUUGUCGGUCACUAAUGCAAUGGCAUUCACAAAGUGUGACAAAUUCGGAAAGGCCAAUGGUAUCGCUACAGAUUUGUUUUCUAGAGCAACGAGCAGCGCCUUCUCCAGGUUGAAUCCAUUUGCUUGA